UUUUGUUUUGCACAUGAAGGUUUAAAAUUCUAAAAAAAUAUUGUUGCUAAUUAGUUUUUUGAAACGCUUUUUAUUAAACAUGACAUGAAUUUCUUCUAUGUCAUUGUAAGCCUGUAUCCUUAAAUUUCCUACGAUUUGUGAUCAACGAUGAAGUGGUCUUCGACGCUGGUCCUCUUUCUCUUUUCUGCAAUUUCAGUCAUUCAGGGAAGUUCAAAACCGAACAUAAUAAUUCUUGUGGCAGACGACCUGGGAUGGAAUGACCUCAGCUUUCAUGGAUCACCUCAGAUCCCAACACCAAAUCUUGAUUCUCUUGCUCGAAGUGGAGUUAUAUUAAAUAAUUACUAUGUAUGUCCUGUAUGUUCUCCCUCAAGAGGAUCUUUAAUGACAGGAUUAUAUCCUAUACAUACAGGGUUACAGCAUGAUGUAAUAUUCGUUAAUGAAAAUUGGGGUCUGCCUUUGAAGCAAACACUUCUGCCACAAUAUUUGAGAACGUUAGGUUAUGCAACUCAUGCUGUUGGAAAGUGGCAUCUUGGAUUUUUCCGCAAAGAAUAUACACCUACCUUCCGGGGGUUUGAUUCACAUUAUGGGUACUGGGGUGGAAAAGAAGAUUAUUUUGAUCAUACUCAGCAAAUGGGACAAAUGUGGGGUCUUGAUUUUCAUCACAACUUGAAUAGUUCAAAUGAUGGUUUUGGAAAGUAUUCCACAUUUUUAUUUGCAAAUCAUGCUGUUAACAUCAUAAACCGUCAUGAAAAAUCAAAGCCACUUUUCUUAUAUGUUGCUUAUCAAGCAGUGCAUAGUGCAAAUUCAUAUGCAACACUUCAAGCUCCUGAGGAAUACAUUCAACGCUUCAACCACAUCAAAGAUAAGAACAGGAGAAUAUUUGCAGGAAUGGUGUCUGCCAUGGAUGAUUCUGUAAAAACUAUUGUUGAUGCUUUGAAAUUUAAUGAUAUGUUAAAGAAUUCCAUAAUUCUUUUCACAACUGAUAAUGGUGGACCUGCUGCAGGAUUCAAUGACAAUGCUGCCUCCAACUGGCCACUGAGAGGUGUUAAAGCUUCUUUGUGGGAAGGUGGCGUAAGAGGAAUAUCUUUCAUAUGGAGUCCUUUGCUAGCAAACUCUGGAAGAACAUCAAUGGAUUUGAUGCAUAUAACAGAUUGGUUACCUACUUUGUUUUAUGCAGCUGGUGGAAAUGUAACCGAACUUGGACAGUUAGAUGGGCACAAUGUGUGGAACACUCUUUCAUCAAGUUUACCAUCUCCACGUACUGAAGUAUUAUUGAACAUAGACAACAUUAAAAAAGUAUCUGCUCUUCGUGUUGGAAGAUAUAAAGUUGUGCAAGGAACUACUUAUGAUGGAGCUUGGGAUGGCUGGUAUGGUCCAUCAGGAAGAAAUAAUUCUUCAAACAUUAAAUCUAAAAUUAACAGCUUUCAAAAAUCAGAAAUAAAUUGUGGUCCAAAACCUACAAAUGCUUCUGAAAGCUGCAAGCCUGCAGAGAAACCUUGUCUGUUUGAUAUUCAAGAUGAUCCAUGUGAAUAUAACAACAUAGCCAGUAUGAAACCAAAAAUUCUGGCCAAACUACUUAAGACGCUGUCAAAAUACAAUAAAACUGCUGUCUCCCCUGGAAAUAAACCAGUUGAUCCAAGAAGCAAUCCAAAGUAUCAUAAUUAUGAGUGGAUAAAUUGGAUGGACUUUUCUUAGUUACGGUUUGAAAUAUUGCUCUUCUUCGAUCAUAGAUUUUAAAAUGAGCUUAUAUUAGUCAGUUUGCCAUCGAUCUGAAUAAAAAAGGAAAAUAUUGUAGGAAUUUAUUUGACAGUUAAAUUAGGGCAUCUAUUGUACAGGGUUUAAUUGACACAUUAAAACUUUUUUUUUCUGCUUGUUUACAUAUUUUUACUUAAAACAUUCCUUUUGUCAAUUACAAUGUACAGAAAUUUACUUUUUCAUGCUUUAUUUACAUAACUGUUAAAUUUGUUUUUAUUUCUCCGUUUAUCUUCUGUAAAAAACAGCAAAAUUAAGGAAAUACAUUUAUUGAAUUUUUAUCUGUUAUAAAUGAUUAUUUGCUAAGCUUUAAUUCAUCAGAAAUUUCUUUAUUUUUUCUCGAACCAUGUAUGAAACUAUUAGUUGAGAAAAUAAUGUAAGCUUAAAGAUCUGUGAGAUCUAAAAAAUAAAAGAGUAGUGUAUCCUUGCAACCUUUUAAAAAAUGUAAAAUAAUGUGACCUUACAUGUUUUUAAUAUAUAAUUUUAUAAGUAAGCACUUGUAACUUCUUUGACUUUCACUACUAGAACCAAAAACGUGCUGUCUUUUAGCCUAUAAUUUUUUUCAUUAAUUACAUUAAUGUUGUUUUGUGAUGUCAUGUGCCAAAUGUUUAUUUUUGUUUAGUUUAAAAUUUAGUCCUUCUUUUUAGUACUAUUUUUUUUUCGUCACUGAAUAAUUAUUUCUUUUAAUGUUUCUGUUCUUUUCAUUUUUAUACUUACUUUUUAUAAAAGUAUUAUUUUUCUUUUUGCUAUAAAAUAAUUAUUCUUUCAUUGCAUGCGUACAUACUUUUUGCUUUUUUGUGUAUAACUUUGUUUUCUAGCAAUUUUAUUUGUUUUGAUUUUAGAAUCUAAUCAAUAGUUUAAAUUCUAGCUGUUGUAAGUUUGUGCAAUAAUUCAAGUGCCAAAUGCUGCUGUGCAAUAUUUGAUUUCUUUUAGAAAAGCUUGUAAUGGUUACUGGUUCUAUUUAUUUACCAUUUAAUAGUGAAGUUUAAAAGAAGAUUCCAUGUUGUCAUAUGAUUUCAAAAGCUUUUAGGUAAAUGUAUGUUUUAUAACUGAUGCACUUUUUCAAAUUAUGAAUAAAUGAUUUUAGAUUCUAUAAAUUAUGAAUUGUGUAAAUUAAAAAUAAGAGA